AGUACUGCCGGUUACCGUCAACGAGCAACCUCACUUCAUUGAUAGCAUUCGAUCGGGACGGUACUCGGCGUCGGUCUUGGGAAAAAGUGUGUCGCGAGCGCCUGGUGGAAAGCAAUAGCGUGUGCCAAAAGGAUUCGCAAACCAUUAAUUCGGUGGACUCAAGUGUGACUCAAGUGUGCUAGUGGACAUUGUUUGCAAGAGAAAAAGGAGACAUUUUCCCAUAUAAACGAAGUGCGUUCAAUAAGGACAUUUUGCAGUUGAAAGAUAAAACAGUGCAAAAGAGUACACAUUCAGCGAUGGAGUUCAAAAGCAGCAAAAAGAUGGUGAUUUCCCUCCGGGUAGUGUUGGUGCUGGUGUGCCUGGUUAGCCUUAUUUCACACGCCUCGGCAAGACCGUCGAGCGUGCGGCACAGCAAACAACUGCGUCUUAUAGAUCAUCUGCUUCGCAGCAGGACAGCAGCCGAGAGCAGGAAGCCUCACCAUCACAAUGCCGACCAUCAGCAUCGCCGGAGAUCGGCAGAUUAUGAAGAUUUCUACGACGCGGAUUACAAACGUGUGCAGCAGUGUUACGAAGACGAGGACAUAAACGAGCUUUGCCAGCGCUGUUCGAAGGUGACCAAGUCGUCGCUAGUGUUCCCGAUGUGCUGCAACAAUGAGGAUCACACGAUGACCUGGUGCAAAGAGUACGUUUACUAUGGGAUACAGACGUAACUCGGCGAGAUGGGUUCAAUCUUCCCGGGGGGAAUUCCGGGCAUAUUUCUCUCGUUCCAAGUUUAGCAGUUACAAGCGCAAAACCUGCACUGUAUGACACCCUAGGGGAACACUUACAUCCACGAUAGUAUUUAUUAUUGAUAGUGUUUGCAUCAUCUCAUCGCCAUCGGUUAUUUAUUCACUAGAAGAAGAAGAAGAAAAAGAAGCGAAUUGUUCAGCGUUCGUCUCACCUCAUCUCGUCUGGUAUCUCAAAGCAAAAAAAGGAAACUGCACGCGUCUGAUAAAGUCCUUCAAGCCAGAGCCAUCCCCUCCCAAUUAUUGGAGCUGUGAUUGUACAUAAGUUAUAUUGAUGUCUUAGUAAAUGUGUGUUUCGCACCUAAGGGAAGCAAAAACUGAGGGAGAGAAAUUCGAAGGGCGAAGAUACUUACCUAGCAGAAGUCACAUAGUAUUGCAAGAGCAACGGACACACGCGUUUGGUAGCUAGCUGAGCAAGGCAAGCUGUGGGCCACGAAUAGUUAGAAUAAUUGUCUUAAAAAUAAAGCUUUUUAUAUAUGUGUACAAGCAGA